AAUCAUAAGAAGCUUGUUUAAUUAGUUUAUCGUCAACAAUCAUGUGUACUCAAAAUUACUACGGAGAAGAAAGAGCUUCAGCUUUCCCUAGGCUUUGGAAAUUCACGGGAAAACUGCGAAAGCGCUUAUCGCUUUUAGCAGCAUCCCGAGUAGCCGAAGACAGUGAUUUUGAUGAAGAAGAACUGGAAGUGACAAUGACAGUACCAGAUGAUGUGAAGGAAGAGCAUUUCCCGGUCUUGGCGGUGAAGGGCGAUGAGAAAAGGAGAUUUGUUGUUAAGCUUAAGUACUUAAGUAGCCCUGCGUUUCUGAGACUACUUGAACAAGCUGAGGAAGAAUACGGAUUCGAACAAACCAGUAUUCUUGUGGUUCCUUGCAGACCUCAGGACUUACAAGAGAUUUUAGGAAGGCAUUGUGGAGAUAAGAGCUAAAUUUGAAGAGCCCG